AAAAAAAAAAAACAUGGACUAAAAUAAAAAAGUUGAUUCCAAUGUAACCGUAAGUAAAAUAACUACAGUUACCUAAAGUAAGGUUGACACUUCCGUAGUUAUGAAUCCUGACUCUAAAAAAGACAUAAAGAAGACCACAAACGAGCUCUAGCUAAUUUUCUAAGCAAAAGAUGAAGAAAUAGAAUACUGGAAGUCUUAAUGUGAAAAGUAAACUACCGUCAUAACUGAAUUAGAGAUCACAAGUCGUCAAUAAAUAGAAGAUAAUUCUUAAGAAUUAGCUAAAAGAAACGAAGAAAUAGUUCUAUUGAAAAGAAAUCUCGAACAAUUAUAGAACUCAUCUAGUUUCAGAAUUAAAUAAUUGGAAGAACAACUAGCCUUAAAAGAGAAUGAAUUGAAAAAUCUAGGAAAUUUACUCAUAUAAGCAAAAACGGAAAGCGAAAAAAUCAAAGCAACCUAAAGAUAAAACGAAAACAGAAUUUAAGAACUUACUAAAAUCGAAUAAGAUUAUAAAUAGAGAGGAGAUCUUAUUAUAGUCUUGAAUACUUAAAUUACAGAACUUUCCUAAAAAAAUUAAAACCUAGAAUAACUCUUGAAGGAAUCAUAGGCUAAGAAUGCUUAAUACGAAAAUUAACUUUAACUUUUGGUUUCUUAAUUACAAUAAGUAAACAGCGUAGUAGCAAAAAAAGAGUAAGAAACACAUGAUAUUCUUGAAAAGCUUCGCUAAUCCGAAGAAAAAUCAUAAAAGCAAGCCUAAAUGUUAUAAGAAGAGCGUUUAAAAUUGAACACAUAUGAAAAGAAAGUAGAAAAUUUAGAAAAAAGAAUAAAAGAACUCGAACAAAUAAUCUCUAAUAUGAGUUAGGAACUAAAUAAAUUAAAUGAAGAUAAUUCCAAAUAUUCAAGAAAAGCUAAUGAAGAUGAAGUCAGAAUUAAAUAAUUAUAAAUGGAAAUUGAAAGAUUGAAUUAAGUUAUAAAUUAACUCGUUGAAAAAAAUAGGUUUUAUGAAGAAAAAGGAAAAUAAUAAGACUCAACUAUUGCAUAACAUAUUAUCGAAAUUAACAAACUUACUAGUACUGUUAAUACUCAAAAUAUAGAAAUAAAUAGACUCUAGGAACUUCUCAACAGUAGAAAUAAAGAAAAUGAAGACUUAAAGACUUAUAUAGUAUAACUGGAUAGCAAUUGGAAGAAUUCUGAAAGCUAGCUUAUAAGUCUGAGGGCUAAAUAUUCCGAAUUAGAGAGUAGACUAUAGGUUUAAUAGAAUUAAUUGGAAAAUUAUUUAAUUGAAAUUAAUCGUUAUAAGGAAACUAUUGUAACUUUGAAUCAAUAGAAUAUCGAUUGGGAGGCUAGAGUGGCUAUGUUAACUAGUGAAAUUGAAAGACUGAAAGUAUUAUUGUCUAAAAGAGAUGAGUAAAUAAAAGAAUUGGAAGAAAGAUAUAAGAAAUUAGAGUAUGAAUUCAAGAUUAUUAAGGAAAAAAAUCUAGUAUUAAACACAGAAAUCGAUAGAUUGACAAUUUAAGUCGAAGAAGUAGAAGCAGAAAGUGCUGAAUUAAAAUAAUAAGUCUUCACUAUGAAAUAAUUAACUUUCUAAAUUAGUGAUCUACAUCUACUUUUAGUCAAACUUUUCGCAGAAAUAGAAUCUCUUAGGGCUAGAGUCAAAGCCAAAUAAUAAGAAGUUGAUGAUGUUAGAAGAAGUUCUUUAAAAAGCUUUAGAAAUUGAUAAAAAUAAAAAAAUAUUUUAUAUUUUUUUUAUUAUUAUUAAAAAUUUUAAUUUUUUAUUUCUUUAAAAUUAUUAUU